CACGAAAGUAAGGGAAUUUGAGUGGGGAAUAUGAUAUCCCAAAAGUAGCACGAUAACAAAGGGGGAUAACUUUUGACUCAACUAUUUGUUUUGGUUGUUACCUUUGGGAUUGUAUUCAUGUGGCCUUCGGGUUUGACUUAUGGAUUAUGCUCUCUUUUUGUUGUUCAUCCUUUUAUUAUACUUAGGUACAGUUUUGGUGCUUUCUGAGUCAUCAGGUCACGUUUUUGUCUUCCUGAUUUACGUUUAGAUUAUUUUGCUGAGUAAGUGAACUGCCACCACAGAAAUUAUACGUACUCUAUUUCGAGUUGCCUUGCCUAAACUCACCUGUAAGAUAAUUGGGAAUCUCCACACUACUGGUUGUUACACCUAUAGUAACUUCGAAGUCGCCUUUGAAGCGGCGCCGCUCCAGUAAUGAUAUACGCUACUAAUUAAAUACCUGCAUUUUUGUUAUGACGGAAGUUUUUUAGUAAAUAAAUAAACCUUGGUAGUUAUUUCUUCAUUUGCCGUGGUGGCUUCUGGAGUCAAUGCCAUUGAGUGACGUAUUCGACAUCAGUGAAACUAAAGAUAUCUACCAUCCUAAAGCGACUCUUAAAUGAUAUGAAACAACCAGUAGAGAGUUUUCAGCAUAUCAGCUAACAUCUACGAGUUGAGACUUUAAUCAGUCUGACUUCAGCAUCGACUUACUUCUGUGUGAUAAUUUCUACCAUACAAUAGUAUGUCAUCGUCAAAUAUUCUACUAAUUACUGGAAAACCAGGUAUUGGUAAAACCACUCUGGUUUCUCGUGUCUUUGAUGAACUUAUUAAAAAUGGGAUAUAUGUAGUAGGAUUCAAAACAGAAGAAGUUCGUCAAUCAUAUUCAAGGAAGUCAUAUCGUUUGGGAUUUGAUAUAGUACUAUUCGACUCGUCUCGAACAUAUCCUCGAGCUUCUCUAGCUCGUCUAGCUAGUGAAUCAAACCAACACUUACAAAGAUUACCUCGAGUUGGUCAAUACAUUGUGGAUAUACCAUCUUUUGAACAUUUGGCUAUUCCUUGUCUACAGUCGAUUAUGAACAAUUUAGGAGGUUUAUCAUCAAAUGUUAACACUGAUCAAGAUAAUCUGAUAGUGUGUAUUAUCGAUGAGAUUGGAAAAAUGGAAUUGUAUUCAUCAAAGUUCACAUCUUUAAUUGAACAGCUAAUUUCAUCAAUCUUGAAUUUAACUACAGCUAGCCAAUCCAAUGUGAAACGACCUACAGUGGUUCUUUUAGCUACUGUGCCGUCACCAAAAAGACCAGAUGGUACACGUGGAAUUCCUCUUGUUGAUCGUAUAUGCUCAAUGAAAGAAUCUUUUAUAACUGAGAUCAAUGUACAUAAUCGUGACUCAACUGUUGAAGAGAUAACAAAGAGAAUAUUAAAUUGUGGAUCUUUGUAAUAUAGAGUAUGUCAUCAUGGUGAAUUACUUUGUUGUUGUUUCUGCGAUCAUUACAAUAAAAACCUUCUGUUUUUCUACUUACUUAUCUGAAAGUAUGUAAGAUACAAUCAUAUUUAUCAUUCAAAUUAAACAAAGUUUUGAAUACA